AUGGCUUCCAAUCCUCGGAGAUCGCAACCCCAACCGAAGCCCUAUAUGGCCUUUCAUUGGCGCAUGCAGCAGCCGCAGGGUGUCGGCCAAAUCGACCCGACAGCGCAGACAGGACAACAAAAUGGACACGAUAAGCCGGUGCAAAAGCAGGUACCGUUGGAGACCCAAGAGCAUGUCUCACACGAGUUGAGUCGUGACCGGGCGGAAAAUUACGAUGCCCUGAAGCACCUUGAAACAAUCAUCAUUCGCCAGGCUCGCUGCUGCUACGUACCCAAAAGUACACCCGAAACGCCAAACACCUUGCAGAUCGUGACAUACUUGACCGAUGUCAACCCCGACGUGUCCUCCGAACCAAAGCUCCAAAUCGACGGCGCAGAUAAAAUCGUUGCCUUACUCAUCAUGCACACUGAGGAUGAUAAGCCGUGGGCGGUUAUGGUGAGGAGUGAGCCACGUAGAAGCCUGAGGGAUGCGUAUGAGGAACUGUUACGAGUUACACAAAGGGACAUGAGGAAAUUCUAUUUCGACGUCGAUAAGUCCGGUGAUCAGGUUCCAGACAAGAAGAGUGAUGUGACGGUCGGAGGAGGGUAGUAGGCGGAAGAAAGAGGUAACGCGGAUAGGUUAGAG